GUGACAUCGUGACAUCGUGUCUGAGCACGCCGCCAAACGGCCAAAUCGGGACGGGAGCUCGUUCAGGAGUAGAGCGCGCCACGAAGCCAUCGCCGUGUUCCGCCCGCCUCUCGCCUCUCCUUUUCGCCUUAUUUUCUCGUCCUUCUUUCCCCGGAAUCGGCAUCAUGGCGUCUGGCUCCGCUUCGCCCUCGGCGCCGGCCCCGUCUUCUCCCGCCGUCGAGACCCCCGCUGACGCCAGCGCCGACCUCAAGCUGCCGCCUCCCGAGAAGGAGUCGGAUAUCACGCGCCGCUCGUACAUCGUCCUGUCGUUUUGGCUCGUCGUGGUGUUUCUGGGCUUGCCGAUCUGGUGGAAGACGACUACCAUCUACCGCGCAAACCUGCCCCUCGAUGGCAUGCUCGAAUGGGCUGAGGGCAAGGCUUGUCGACCCGUCUUUCCCCUUCAAAUCUCCAUCCAGGCCGAUUCCCUCCAGGAGAACGAGGCCCAGAACCUUGUGCGCUUGACCCAGCACGCCCUCGAUGACCACAACGACUUCUCUGGCCACCAUCUGCGCCUAGAAUUGGCCCCCAAGAACGCUGCUCCCAUCGCCGACAACUCCCAGGUCGCCUUGACGAUCCAGCUCACUCCCGGCGAGACCAAUACAGCGUCUCUCAACCCCCGUUCCGCCGUCCUCGACAUCGUCUACCCGCCCAACGCCAUCCCCUCUCCAUCGUCAUCCUCAUCAGCCCUCGCUACCUAUAUCGCCAAGGAGCUCCAAUCCACCUUCUCCGAGGAGCAGUCCACCAUCUCCUACCUCCUCUCCACCUCGUCCAGUCCCGAUGCCCGGCCCCAGAGCAUCAGCCCCGAGGCUGCCGAGCUGCUCGCCAAGCGCACCACCCGAUCGCUCCGAUACGCGCCCACAUACCACUUGACCUUUUCCCUCUUCACGGCCGGCGCCAUCCCCAAUACCUGGGACAUUGAGACGGCCAUUGAUGAGUACAUGAAGCCCAUGCUCGAUGUGUUGGGCCCGAUUCACAACUUUACCAUCGACACCCAGGUCCAGCUCUAUGCGACCCCCGGUGCCCAGUCAGAAGUCCUGACCAAGGCCGAUCUGGCGUCCUUUAUCAACGCCGCCGAGUGGCCGCUCUCGCCCUCGAUUGGAGGGGCCCCGACUGUCAACUUUGUCAUCUACAUUGGCGACCAGAACAUUGGCCUGGACUCUGAGACCGAGACAGCGCAGUCGUGGAUGAUUCCGCAGUGGGGCACCGUAUAUUUGCUGUCGCUCCCAGACACCACCACACACGUGUCUAGCGAAACACUCCGACAGGCCAUGCUCACCUUCAACGGCCAUCUACUGUCGCUGCUUGGUACUCCCGAGUCGGGAUCCCUCCUUCUCCGCCUCUCCACCCUCUCCCGAAUCCGCUCCGCCGACCUUAUCCUGCGGGCCUCGUCCACCCUCGGCUCCCUCGCCCGCCUCUCCCUCGCCCUCCCCUCCAUCUCCAUCCCCCGCAGCGUCGCCGACGGCGUCGCCUCCACCAUAGACCACCUGCAGCAGGCCUGCGGCAGUCUGGGCGGACCCGAGGGCUUGUACCACGCGCGCAUCGCCGAGGAGGAGGCCGAGCGCGCCUUUUUCGAAAAGAGCAUGGUCGGCCAGCUAUACUUUCCUGAUGAGCACAAGAUUGCCGUCUACCUGCCCCUGCUGGGGCCCGUGGGUGUGCCCCUGGUCAUGGGGUUGAUUAACGAGUUGAAGAACUGGAUCAAGAGGAGGAAACAGCGUGCCAAGGAUGCGGGAGAGAAGAAGAAGCAAUAAGUACCAUAGAGCCAAGAGGGAUGAAGAAUAAUAUAUAUGAACUGCGCCUAAUCAACCGAGUAAUCUU